UUAGCUACUUUCCAUUUUUUUCUUAAAAAUGUACCUUCCCGCCGGAAUAAUAAAAUCAUUAAUCAUAGCAAUGGCUGUUCAAUUGAAACCUAUGCCCAGACAUAAAUCGGUUAUGAUAAUCAAAGCUCUUUGUUAUCACGCGGUGGAUGUGGUACAACGGCGUUAGCUAACUGAUAUAACAUUGCAUGGUUGACGGUAGUUUCUGUGAUCUGACGGGCCGGUUCGCUGCGCAGGUUUGGAACGCGCGCCAUUUUGUGAAAUUCACCAAAAAAAGCCAUCUUCAAGGAAACAGUCUUCAAGUUUUUAACCGUAAUUUUCUAAGAUGAUUUGGAAGCAAUGAUGCUGUUAUUGAAAUAUCGACAAGUUAACGAUAUAACUUUAGAUGCCUACAUCAGGAUGUUGGUUUUCCUAUGGUCAGAUCGAAUACGUUUCUGCUGUUGACGGAGAGGCGCUGUUGAUUUGGAAACAGAAUUGACAUCUAGUCAGAGGAGUGAGGGUUGUACGUUGGGAAAUCUGGGGGGGCUCCAUGGAGAAGGAACUGGAUUCAAUAAUUCGCCGUAAGGCAUUGGGGAUUGUAAAUGAGGAUAUAGUUCUGGAUUAGGAAGACUGACAGCCAGCGACAAAGGAGGAGAGACUUCAGCAUGCAAACCUUCAUCUGUCCGGCUUGCCCCCUCAUUAUCGUUCCACGCUGUGGGGAUUCAGAUGGCUGCUCCCAUGCCCCAUUCUCACCAGCAGUACAGUGAGCGGCAUCAGCAGACCACUGACCUGUCUGUGCCAGCUCUGCCCUACAGCGAACAGGCGCAACAGUCUAUCACCAGCCAGGUGACUCCUGAUGUUGUCAUGUUACAGAGGCGCAUGCCCCAGUGCUUUCGCGACCCCUCCUCGGCUCCCCUGAGGAAGCUCUCUAUUGACCUAAUCAAAACCUACAAACACAUCAAUGAGGUAUACUAUGCAAAAAAAAAGCGAAGACACCAACAGUGCCAGGGCGACGACUCUAGUCACAAGAAGGAGAGAAAGAUAUUCAACGACGGCUAUGAUGAUGACAACUAUGACUACAUUGUUAAGAACGGGGAGAAAUGGAUGGACCGCUACGAGAUUGACUCCUUGAUUGGCAAAGGCUCAUUUGGACAGGUUGUAAAAGCAUAUGACCGUGUUGAGCAGGAGUGGGUGGCAAUUAAGAUCAUCAAGAACAAGAAGGCUUUUCUUAAUCAAGCCCAGAUUGAAGUUCGGCUCCUUGAGCUCAUGAACAAACAUGACACUGAGAUGAAAUACUACAUAGUUCACCUUAAGCGGCACUUCAUGUUCCGUAGCCACCUGUGCUUGGUGUUUGAGAUGCUCUCUUACAACCUUUAUGACCUGUUGCGGAACACCAACUUCCGCGGCGUCUCACUCAACCUCACGCGCAAGUUUGCCCAGCAGAUGUGCACAGCGCUACUGUUCCUGGCCACGCCGGAGCUCAGCAUCAUCCACUGUGACCUGAAGCCUGAGAACAUCUUGUUGUGCAACCCCAAGAGGAGCGCCAUCAAGAUUGUGGACUUUGGCAGCUCCUGCCAACUGGGACAGAGGAUCUACCAAUACAUCCAGAGUCGGUUCUACCGCUCCCCCGAGGUGCUGCUGGGCAUGCCUUACGACCUGGCCAUUGACAUGUGGUCCCUGGGCUGCAUCCUGGUUGAGAUGCACACAGGAGAGCCCCUCUUCAGUGGGGCCAAUGAGAUUGAUCAAAUGAACAAAAUAGUUGAAGUGCUGGGUGUUCCUCCCAACCACAUAUUGGACCAAGCACCCAAGGCCAGGAAGUUCUUUGAGAAGAUGUCUGAAGGUAUGUGGGGUGCAAAGAAGACCAAAGAUGGCAAAAGGUAUAAACCACCGGGAACGCGGAAGCUGCACAGCAUCCUGGGUGUAGAGGCAGGAGGCCCAGGGGGGCGGCGGGCGGGCGAAUCUGGCCAUGCUGUCGCCGACUACUUGAAGUUCAAGGAUCUGAUUCUGCGGAUGCUGGACUACGACCCCAAGAGUCGUAUCCAGCCCUAUUACGCUCUGCAGCACAGCUUCUUCAAGAAGACUGCGGAUGAGGGGACCAACACAAGCAGCAGUGUGUCCACCAGCCCCGCAUUGGAGCAGUCCCAGUCCUCGGGAACCACCUCCAGCACCUCCUCCAGCUCAGGAGGUUCGUCUGGCACAAGCACCAGUGGACGAGCACGCUCAGACCCCACGCAUCAGCACCGGAACAGCGGAGGUCACUUCAGUGCCGCUGUGCAGGCCAUGGAUUGCGAAAAUCUCUGCCCACAGACGAGGCAGACCUUUCCUCCCCCUGUGGGCUGGGCUGGUGCUGAAGGGGCACAGGCGGUGACCGUGGAGACCCACCCGGUCCAGGAAACCACCUUCCAUGUGCCUCCCCAGGCGCCCAAGGCCAUCCACCCCUUGGCCCCCGGGAACAGCUCCUCCACCCACUACCAUCAUCACCACGGACACCAUCACCAUGGACACCAUCACCCCCACCAACCCCAUGGACAGCAGGGCCUUCCGGCACGGCCCCGGCCCCGCCUCUACCACUCCCCCACCAAUAGCGCCUCCACAGAGAACUCCAUGGAGGUGGUGCAUGGCCACCUGUCCAUGACCUCCCUGUCUUCCUCCGCCUCUUCCUCCUCCACAUCUUCCUCCUCCACUGGGGCCCAGGGCAAUCAUGCCUACCAGCUGCGCCCACUCCCUGCCAACGCAGCCUUGGAAUUUGGCCAGAAUGGCAGCAUGACCAUGGGACUGGGUGCCUUCUCCAACCCCAGACAAGAGACUGGCAUGGCGGGUCACCCUACCUACCCCAUGGGCAUGAGACAGGGCAUAGACAGGGAGGAGUCGCCCAUGGCGGGGGUCUGUGUACAGCACAGUUCUGUUGCCAGUUCGUGACUAAACUGAGAAUGGGUUUUUUUCUGUAUAUUUUUUAAGGUGGUGUUUUUUCAACAACAAAAAUGCAUAAAGAUCCAAAAGCUGCUUAAAAUUAGAGGACAGAUUAUCACUGACCCGCUGUCACAGUGCAGAGCCCACCAUCUCUUCAACUCCUCCCCAUGCCAACUCUUUUCUAAUUCAAGUUUUCAGUGUUCAUGGGGAAAUAGAUUUUUAUUUUAAAACAACUUUGCAUCACAUGGUUCACAGCAUUACUGAAACAUCUGUUUAUUUCGCAUACAUUUCUCACUCAACUGCAUUGUUUGCUUUAUUCCCUAUAGUAGACCAGCCAACCUGGACAGUAUUGUAGUUUCUUUUUAUUUCUUGUUACAGGCUGUCAUUCAUGAAAAUUGUCUGAUGUUCUUAAUUACAACUGUGUAGAUUAUUAAAUAUAAACACGUAGACACAAUAGUGUAUUCAUUAACAUUAUUUUCCAUUACCUUCUAAUGUGUUCUUUAGAUCCACCGAAGGCCAUUCUUGCAUGAUGUAGACCCUCUCAGAAAACAACAGUAGACCCUGCUGAUCGAGGAGAAUAUUACCUCUUAACAAUCUGACUUCCUGCACUAGAGAUUCUGACACUAAUAAAAUGUUUCAAGGUUUAAGUUGUACAAGCAGGUAAGUAUGAAAGUCAAAGAUUCAUAAAAUUCACUGAGCCAAUCAAACCUCACUAAUUUUUAAUCCAUUCUUAGACUAAGGAAUGAGACAUUUAAAGAUAUUUAUUAUAAUAAUUUGGCUUAAAGAUUAGCAUUUUCAUCAGAAAUAGUUUUUCAUCAUUUUGGUCAAACAUUGGAAACUUUUGGCAACAAAUAGAAUUUUAUCAGAAUUGGCGGAUUCCCUCAACUUACUCAAAGACAAUUACGAACAAAAAAGAUGAUUUUCUUUUAGUAAUGAUAGAUUUCAGCCAAUACAAUCAUACGGAACAAUUUAUGCACUCAAGCCUUUACUACCUGGACUUAGUUACAGAACCCUACAGACCAGAAUAUGAAUUACAGCCCCAGUCUCCCUGCAGAUCUCAAGUCUGGUGAUUUGCUAUAAUGAUUUCAGCUUUUUUUUAAGGAGCUGAUAAUAUAAUUGUAAAAUAUCAACCUGAAAUAAAAACUGCUUAUAUUAUGUGAAAAUGAUCAAAAUAUAUCGCUAUAUUUUACUUUAUUUAUGCUGAAUAGGUGACCCAAUAUAGUUGAUGCCAAAACAGUACUGAGUGGCCCUGCCUACCACAUCUGCCUCUUCCACCAGUCUUGGGUUAAAUGUUGGAUCUUUGAGACAUUGUAAGGUGUGCCUGAAUGCCUAUAGGUGAAAGGGUUUGUUUCCUAAUUGUUUCCCGCAUUCCAUAGUAUAAGUAUAUUUGAUUAUUUAGUACGUAUUUAUUGGCUCAGUAAAGUUUGUGUCUCUUUCGUUGUGUCAAUAUUUAUUUUUACAAGGUUAUCCGGAUCCCGUGGAGUCUCCUGCAGCCUUCUGAGAGUUUCUACAUAAUCUGAAAAUGGUACUACAGCCCUCUGCUGUAGCUGUGGAUCUAUUUCCAUGUCUUAUAACAAGUGUUUGACAAGAAACAUUAGUGUAUCCAUUCCGGGGUCUAAAUGUUUGUUUCAUAAUCUGCACAGUUGUAAUUACCAAUAUCAGAGUGAUAUUUGACUUAAAUCAGUUACUAUUCCUAUCAUUCACAUUUUUCGGAGAUUUUUAGUUUCAACCCUUGAAAAUGGCCUUAAAAAUCACAAUUUUACAUGACACCUGAAGUAACUUUCUGUCACACUAGCAUUGUUUAAUCUAGCGUGGGUGACAGCCUGUAGCAAUAAUACACAAAAAACAUUGUUUUCCUUUUUGGCAGAUCCACUACAAGGAAUAACGCUGCUCUACUAGUUAUGUUAUCAGUCGAUUCCGUUCAUGGUUAUAAAAUGAAAUUGGAAUGUUUGGCAAUGGCUAUCUGGUAAAGAAAUUGCUACAGCGCCAAAUGAAACUUCCGGCUACCCCAUCCACACAUCCAUUUUCAUCUACGGCAAGAAGUAUUUUGUCUUUGUAUUUUGUCAUUUGCAUUUCCCUCUUCUGUUGUGGGAUUCAACCUGUGAGCUGCGAGAUCUGUGGCAUGGCAGAGGAAAAAAGCAUUAUGCAGGGAGGAUCCAUCUUGCUGGGUUGGUGUGUCAGUAUCUCUAAAUGUGUUGUGGCUGAAACUCUAGCUGGGCCAGCACGUGUGCAGCUGGGCAGCGGAGUGCUGUUCUCGAUAGCCCCUCACCAGGCCCUGGAACAAGGCCACACUGAAGAGAUGCACUGAGGAGCAGUGUCCAGGGCCUCUCCAGCCCAAACUAACAUUACAGAUGUCAGGGCAGUGGCAGAUUUUUUUUUAAGAUAACCCUUUGGCCUUAUUAUUUUUUGGACUCUGGAUUUGGGUGGGUGGGGGAAAGAAGCUGAAUAUUAUAGUUUAAAUGAGAAAAUAGCUUUUCUGUAUUUUUUUUUAAGUGGGGUCAAAAAAAUAAGAAAUCUUUAAAAAAAUAUAUGGAAAAAAUGUGUUUUUAGAAUGGUAAUUUAAGAGGCCUUUUUAACUAAAAUGUAUGACUUGCGAGGCCCAAUGAUUGCCAGCCCUUGUCAAUUCACAAACCUUUUUUUUUUUUUGCAAGAUGGAUGGAAUUAGUUAUGACCGUGUCCCUUCCUGCUUUUUACCUGCUUUUUGUUUUCUUUGCUUUGUUUCUUCAGCAUGUUGUUCCUCCAACAGAGCUUCUGCACAAAUGUCUUCUGUUCAUCUUGAAAAUGAAAACAUGCAGAAUUUUACGUGACUGCUUUUUUUGCCUCACAAUUAUGCUGUGAAUUUUACAAGAAUUUAUUUUCCCUUUUGAUAAUUUAUUGUACCAAAGCUGUUUUUUUAUAGCACAUAGAUGUCUGUAACCAAUAAUGUAGCAGUUCUGCACUUUGACACAAGGUGUAUCAAGACCUUUUUUAAAUGUCAGUAAAAAUGGCUGUAUCUAUUGCUUUAGCAAAACUGGAACUGUUGUUGAACUCAGUACAUUUACUGUUAGCUGUAUCCUCGACAGAAUUGGUUGUACGCUUUUUUUUCUCUCUAAAAAAAACCCACAAAACAAACAAAAACAGAUCUCUCAUUGGUAGAACUUUUUUCCGUUAUCAAGGACUUGAGGAACAAUAGAUGUCGGCGCUGGUUGCUACUCUGCAGGUUCCGGAGUAUCAGUAUAGUGGCCGUGAGUCGAGGCAAGUCCUUGUAUUCAUGAGUCUGAAGUGAGAGAAAACGUGAAAAACAGUGCAUUAAUCCUUCAAUUUGUGGCCUGUGAUUGAGGCUGUUUCAAACGUGCCUAUCUAUCUGGGUAAAGCUGCCUUAAAACGACUUCCGUCAGUCUUCACGGCAGUGGCUAAAAUGGUACCCUUUUUCCCUUUCAAUUUUGAAGCAACCCUAUUUGACCUAGCCAAGCAGAGGCACUGUACACAUUUAACGUUUAGAUCGUUUUGGAGAUGGGAUAAUGCUCUAAAUUGGCUUAAAUCCAUGUUUGACUGAAGCUUUCACCAUGGGUGUUGAAUCCAAAAGGAAACUAGUAGAGAUGUAUGGUGUGAAGUGAGUCCUGCCUACUGGAGCAUCAUACUCUAGUCUCAUUGUGUGAUGUGAUGCCUGAGGCCUACGUUUUGUACCAGUUGCAAAAAUGGAAAGGGGCGGCAACAGCUAGAAGAAAGGUGUCCAUGAAAACACAGGCUUCAGGUGUUUACUUUUCAACCCCAUUUUAAUAGUUGAAAUAGAAUUUAUGUAUAUAUUUAUAUUUUUUUAAUAAAGGAAGUUUAGAACUCACUACUUUUUUCCUAAUGGUAUUUUGAGUACAUUUAAGUCAAUGUGGAGACCAUGCAGUGGAAGUUCUUCUGUGAUAUUAGUCAAUGGGUAACAGUGCUUCCAGGCCAAAGUAGUUGACAAUGCCAGUACAAAUGCAAACUUGUAGGGUUUAAAUUUUAACAAAAGAGUAGAUAUUCAUACCUUAAAUAUUAUAGACAGGGUAUAGUGUGUGGGUGUAUGUCUAUGAACCUGAAUGACAGAUGUGUUUUAAUAUAUAACAAAUACAUAAACAAUUAUGUACACGUUACAGGAACUAUUUUUAGUUGCGUUGAAUUUGGCAUAAGCUUCAACAGUGGGUCCAUUUGAAGUCAGACUACUGACACGUGUGAAAGCCAUGAUCGUCGACACAAUAUAACCAGUGCAUCGUCAACAAACAUAACGUUUACUCCCGAGUGUUCAAUAUAAUUUCUGCUCUGCUCUCUGUUUUAUUAAAAUAAAGACUUUUUUGUCCUCCUUACCACCCCAUGCCUUUCUGUC